UCAUGUCGCCGAGAUAUCCAGGUGGGCCGAGAACAGGAGUUCGAAUGCCCCAACAGGUGGAGUUUAAUCCACCUGGUGGUGUUCCAGGACAACCUAUGAUGCCGACCAGCAUGGAUCCAUCAAGACAAGGUGAAGGUGGGGAAUUUGCUGGGUGGCAAGGUCCUCCAGGUAUGAAUUCUAUGAAUCCAAGGAUGAACUCUCCAAGAUGUCAAUCCUUUGGGCCCUUAAACCCUGGAAGCUAUGGACCAAUGAGGCCACCUUCUAACAAUUCAUUAGGACCAGGGGGUCCAGGAAUGCCUCCUAUGUCGAUGCCUGGCUCUGGAGGUAGACCUUGGCAACCUAAUUCAUCAACGAUCAAUUAUUCUUCAGCGUCACCUGGUAGUCACUAU